GACCCGCUUCCUCCUCCGCGUGCUGCGGGCAAUCCCUCCCUUCCCCGGAAACCCAGGCUCGCCCCCCGCCAUGGAGCGCUCCGAGGCCUAUGGCUUCUCCGCCGCCAUCAGCGGCGCCUUCCUGCUCUCGUGCCUGCUCUUUUCGGCGCUGAACCGCGAGCAGCGCGCGCCCUACAUGGACGAGGCCUUCCACGUCCCGCAGGCCCAGGCCUACUGCGAGGGCCUCUUCCAGCAGUGGAACCCCAUGAUCACUACACUGCCUGGCUUAUACUUGAUGUCUGUUGGGAUAGUGAAACCUGCAGUUUGGCUCUUUGGAUGGUCUCGAAGUGUAGUGUGCUCUACAGGAAUGCUCCGAUUUAUUAACCUCCUUUUCAGUGUUGGGAACUUCUACUUACUGUAUUUGCUUUUGUGCAAGAUACAUCAUAAAAACAAGACUGUGUCCGGUUUCCAGAGAAUCUUAUCUACGUUAACCCUUGCAAUGUUUCCUACCCUCUAUUUUUUUACAUUCCUUUAUUAUACAGACACAGGAUCAGUGUUUUUUACUCUGUUUGCAUAUUUAAUGUGCCUUUAUGGUAACCAUAAAACUUCAGCCCUACUUGGGUUUUGUGGCUUUAUGUUUCGUCAAACAAAUAUUAUAUGGACUAUUUUCUGUGGGGGAAGUGUUGUUGCACAAAAGCUAAGUGAAGCCUGGAAGACAGAAUUACAGAAGAAAAAAGAAGAAAGGAUUUCAGCUAUGAAGGGCUCAUUUUCAGAAUUAAUCAAAGCAGAGAGCCAUUCUUCCAUACCUGAGAUACAAAUACAGCAAACAGACACACUGAGAAAAGAAAACAAAGUAAUUGUGUGUGUAAGACUGGAACAGGUGGUGUCUCUUUUUUGGUUGGACUAUGCGCAUUUGAAAAAUGUAUACUCAAAGGGCUUUGAGCCAUAUGGUAGACUUAUUAUGUGUUAAAUGUCACUUAAUUUUUGGUGUACUUGAAAUAUGUAGAGCCAGGGAGUUUUUAAGAAUAUUUGCCUGCAUAUCUCUAACUCUUGUGCUGUAUUAAAAUCUUAAUUUUUUAAAAAAAUUUUGGCUCACUAAUAUAUAUAUUUUGCGUUAGUGUCUGCCUCUUAUGUGCAUUUCAGUGAAUUGUACAAUAUUUGCUUACAAAAUAUCCUUAGUAAGAGUGGUUUAGAGCUAAGCCAGCAUAACCAGAUUGGCUCUGCUCACCCUUUCUAGCAAGAAAAUGUUUGUUUAUAAGGCAUGAAUGCUUUCCUAGUCCAGGCAUAUUGACAUUUGUAUCUAGAUAAAAUGCCUAUGGGCCUUCACUUUUCAUCUCUAAGGACUUUGUUCUCAAUCCUGCAAUGUGCUGAACUCUUGGAACUUCCUUUGUCUUCAGUGAGAGUUUGAGAUGCCCCUUGCAGGAGCUAAAGGAAAGAAUGAGAUUUUUUAGAAGGAAACCAUUAUUGUAAUCUUGUUACAGACGGAAUGAGAGUUGCUACUAGGAGCAGAAGUGGAGAGAGUGAUUCAUGCUAGUUUUUGGGAUACUUUCUCCUAUUGGUAGUGCACAAUGAUUGGGUCAUCUAUAUAACCACAUGGGGGAAUUUGUCAAUCUAUUUGUGGUUGAGAGCAUCUGGAACUUUCCCUUUGGAAUGGGAAGUACUCCUGGAACAGGUCUGCUCACUUGUGUGACUGACCUCUCUGAAUGUUUGUUUUGUAAUAGUUCAUCAUAUUAUUUUUCUUGUAUUUAACUAUAGUUGUUUUAAUAAUCUGCCUCUUUGCUUUCAAGGAAAGUAGUAUGGUAAUUGGACUUGUGACUGCCAUGUUUUUGUUAUAUAUUUUUUCAUAGUGUUCAUCAUCCAAAGACUAAUGUAGGUGUUUUAUAAAGUAAUAAAUAAAUACAAAUUCCAAGUCUAUUUUUAUAUGUGUGUGUAUAUAUAUGUAUAAGCUCCCUUUCAAAGAUGCCUAGCCAUGAGCGUAUUGUUUUCCUGUUUUUUUGAAUAAAUAAAUGGUUCUUUGUAUAUUUUACCAAUUUUUGGCAUUGUGUGCACUGUAUGUGUGAUUCAGAUUGCACUGAAUUCGUUGAAAAUAUUGUUGUACAUCUUUUCAGUGAUGUAAUCACUCUUAGCUACCUUCGUAUCUGUUUUAAUAAGAUGUGAAUUCUGUUUGUCCCUAUUAGGUCUCCAGAAUAUAUUGUUGUGAUGGGGUAGUCUGCCCCUUAAAGGCAUUCCAGCUACCAGUCAGUCCUCCAUAUCACGUGCAUGGCCUUUAAGAGUUUGGGGGUGGUCUUACACAUAAGGACUGAGAAGAUAGAACAGAGAGGAAAAGGGUCCUGGGGAAAAAAUAGCAGUUAAAAGGAAUCCCAUUAGUGUAUCUUUAAGGACCUGGAGCCUUGCAGAGAAGGUGAGGUAGGGAUCCCCUCUCACCCAGGCAAUAAGAAAUGACCUGGGAGCAGGAGCCAGCAUAAUGCUGUCUCCUCCCACGCAGAAGGGCAGGUGACUAGAUGCUGCAGGGAGAAAUAAGGCUUCUGCAGGGCCCCUGAAUUAGCAGGGAGAAGAUAGCUGCAGGGAAAGGUCUAUCUGUUCAGCCCUUCUAGCCUGAGAAGGAAGGACUGAUUUGUAAGUGGGCCCAGCUGGAGGAGAAGUUGGCUUAAGCCUUGCAGCUGGCAUGAACCACAGCUCCCGCUCUGUAGAAGAGAGCUGUGGGAAGCUAUAAGCACAGUUUUGAAGACAGUCUAGCAGGUGCCAGAGAAGCUGGGGGGGGGUUAUAUUUGUCAUGAUCUGCUUUUGGGGUUGAAUAAACUAGACACUUGAAGGGUGCUGUUCAAUGUACAAGCUUCAUGGGACUAAUUAAAAAUGCCUGGGAAACUGAGGUAGUGGUGCAAUGGCAGCCCUGUACUGAGCUGCUGGAGGGGUGCUCCAGGGGUGAGGGGCCCCCACUACAAUUGCCAUAGAAAAGCUUGUCAUUUACCCAGUGUAAAUAGAAUAUUUUUGAUGAUUAAAAUUACAGCCUUUGUGGAUAGCAGGAUAUUGCUUAAAACCCAGCUUGAUUUAGAAUACAUAAGUCAUGUCAAUUCUAUGGGGAUCUCUUCAGAUAUCUAAGACUGAGCAGUGACUGGUCGAAUUAGUAUUUAGAUGAGGCUUCAAGAGAGCACCAGUAAGGGAUGUUAUUGAUUUAGAGCUGGCACUCUGUUCUCUGAACUGAAGAAGUGCUAUGACAUUGUGUUAUGGAGCAUGCUUUUUGUAGGAGUAAGAACAUUAACCCCUGUCUUAGGCUAAUUGCAACUUGGGUAAUUAGGCUUUAUAAAUUACACUUGCAGUUUGUUGGCUCUUUUCCGCUUCCUGCUGUAAGCAGUUACUUACAGUUAAAUAGCUGACACAUUUCACCCCAGAGGUUCUACAUUUCAGUGGUGUUUAUUAUAACAGUGCCCAAAAGCACUGAUCAGGAUGUGGGCACAUAUGGUACCUGCUAAAGUAACACAGAGGAAGACAAAGUCCCUUUCCCAAAGAACUAAGGCCCGGAUCCACCAAGGAAUUUAGGCACCUAAGUACCAGAUUUAAGCACUACUGUAAUCCACAAGCCCUCUGUUCAGCUGUUGCCUGACCCUGUAGGUGCCUAAAGUCACUUGGCGACUAAGUUUUCUUAAUAAAUUUCCUCAAAUGUCUAAGUUGCUGCCUCUGAGCAUGUGCACUGCUGCCUCAUGCUAGGUGUCCAGAUGCCUUUCUCAUGCUUAAGUCCCAGUGCAGUCCACAAACAAUGGAAAUAUUAAAAGUUCCUCUGCCUGACUCAUGUGUGAUCUAAUGGGCAUGCCUUCCAGAGUGGAAGGUGCUCAGAGGUAAAGGUGUCAUGUGAUAUUAUGUCCCAUAUUCUUCAUAGAAAUAUUGUUACAUGAUUAUAGCAUAUCUAAGAUGUAUUUUAUGUAAGAUGGGUUGUGAGAUAUCAUUGGAAAUGUUAUGCUUAUGAUUUACUGAUUAUGAUUAUUAUAUUUGUAUUCAUGUAUCAUUUUUGUAUCUGAUGUUAGGAAUAUUGUCUAUACACCUAUUACAAAUGUGUUUACACCUGGGGAAAGCCCACUAGACAGAAUGCAAUCAGUGUAGAUUGUGGGCUGGAAAGGGCCAUUAGGAAAAACAAUAGGUCUUUGAAGAUGCUAAUCUCCCACCUUCAUCUGGACACUACAAACAGACUUUGAGUUGCAGCUGCAGGGUCAUGUGAUCACAUCACCUGAUAUUGGACUCCAUGAUAAAAUCAGUGCUUUUCCACUGACCUGGGGUAGGAAUCACAUUGGAAGACAAAGGAUCCCUGCCAUAUGUAAAACCUAUUUAAGGCACUAUUUAAGUGCCAUAAUUGAGGUUUGUUCUUCACUGGAUCCCCACCAAGGAUGACUGCUGUUAACAUCUAGGAAACAAAAAAGGGGGAGUGGGAGAGAGAAGGACUGAGCCCAGGCUGGAAGGGUGUCUAGCCUGUGAAUGAAAUAUCUGAAGUUUUAAGCUGCCUAAAACAACAUUUAGGGUGAGAAUUUGCUACUUAUACUGGUUUCUCUAGUAUCUUACACUCAGUUUGCAGUUUUGUUUAUUUCCUAAGGUGAUCUGCUUUGAUCUGUUUGCUAACCUUUAUAAUCACUU